CCGAGCCCGGGGCGGGGCGGCGGGGAAGAGACGGGAGGGGAGGGGGCGAACUACAGCUCCCGCCAGCCCUGCGGCAGGGCGGCACAGAGCGGCGCUACCUGUCCCGGCAGGGCAGCGCCGGCAGGUGAGCGCCUGGGACGGGGCUCCUUCCUCGGGCCUGCGGCUCCUCCUCCUCCCCCGCCUGGCCGCAGGCCCACCCGGCAGCCGCGAUGCCGUUCCCCAGCUCCGGCGCGGAUGAUGCCUUCGACUACCUCUUCAAGAUCAUCCUGAUCGGCGACUCCAACGUGGGGAAGACGUGCGUGGUGCACCGCUUCAAGACAGGGCAGUUCAACGAGAAGCAGCAGAACACCAUCGGCGUCGACUUCACUGUGCGCUCGAUGGACGUCGACGGCAAGAAAGUAAAGAUGCAAGUGUGGGACACAGCCGGUCAAGAGCGCUUCCGGACAAUAACCCAGUCUUAUUACAGGAGUGCCUAUGGGGCCAUCCUUGCCUAUGACCUUACUAGGAGGUCCACAUUUGAAUCCAUUCCUCACUGGAUUCAUGAAAUUGAAAAGUAUGGUGCUGCAAACUUGGUCAUGAUGUUAAUUGGGAACAAAUCGGAUUCGCUGGACAAACGCCAGGUGCUGUUUGAAGAUGCCUGCACCCUUGCAGAGAAGCACGGGCUCUUAGCUGUGCUGGAAACAUCAGCAAAAGAAGCUCAAAACAUAGAAGAGGUGUUUACAUUAAUGGCUAAGGAGCUGAUAGCCCGAAAUACCUUACAGCUUCAUGGGGAGAACCCUCCAAACAGCUUCAGUCUUGACUCCAGGCCAGUGGUUGCCAGUCCAAGUGUGGAGAAGACCCAGUGCUCCUGUUAAGAGAGACUUCAGAGAGAACUUGGAAACCACCAUAGUUCUGAGGCUGUUUGAUUCAGUUUUGUUCAGUAGAUGAAAGUGUUUUAUGUGGCCUCAAGCCAUCUCUCUUGAUAUUCCUACCUUGCAGUUUGGCUUGUGAGUAUUUUCAGAGAUCAUUGUUGUUGGUAGCAUAGGUUGCUUUGAACAUAGCAAUGUGAACUUCUGAGAUGAGAGGACUCAGGAAGCUGCCAGGCCUUGCCCUAACCAAAGAGAACUAUAAAAGUUAUUGCCUUUAAUUAUUUCCUUACAUGUCUUUCUGGCUGUGUCAGAAGAUAAAUUUGCACCAGAGUUCUGCACUGACCCUUCUAAGCUGUGUUGCUGGUUUUCAGCGCUUUCCUCUCUGGCAGUAGCUGUAAAAUCUGACACAUGCUUGGACAGCACUAACCCACUCUGCCUAAACUUUCAUUUAGGAGCUCUCCUGAGGUCAGGCAGGUAGCCACCCAUACCAAGGAGCUUAAUAACAUCUGUGAAAGAGUAGAGGAUUUCACAUCCUCACCAGACAAACCUGGAGACAUCUCAAGGGUGGUGUAGCAGGCAGAAUGAUACACUUCUUCCUAGGGUGAGAAAAGUUGCCUUUCACUUUGCUUUGUAAUAGUCAGGAUUGUUCCCAGUACCAUUCUCCAUCUUGCUACAUGCUUUGCUGGGAGCAGUAAAGCUUCAAGUGAAAGGACCUUUUUUUCAUUCCUCCCUGCUAACUUCAUCUUGCUUUUGAUGUGCUGAUUUUAACCAAAAGCCUUCUGCAGCUUGUGUGAUGGGCCAAUGGCAGCUUGAGGGUAUCCCUGUAGAUAUUCAAGGGAGUGUGAAGGAUGGACGCAAGCUCCUGUAAAACUCAGCAAGGGGUGAGAUGGUUUAAAUUAGGUAAAAAGUUAAAAAUUUACAUUGUGUUAGAGUGGUAUGGCAAUGGCAUGGGGUGCAUCAGACAGCUGCCCUAGGUGAGUAUAUCUUCUGCUGCUGUGGAGACUGAACAUGGUGGUAGCAAUGGAAGGUUUUGGAUUGUUCCUCCCAAUUGCAAGCUCUGCUACUUGGGGCUCACUUUUCUGUAUACCUGAACUGAAUGAAGGGUUUGGGCUGGGGCUUUUUUGGUGAGGGUUUUGAGGUUGUUUAUUUUCCUGUUGCUUGCAAGUUUUCUUCCCAGUAGAUGGAAACAGGGAAGGAGGAGGAGGAAAGAAAUAUCAGAGGAAGUUUUUUUUGACUACAGUCCACAUGUACCAAAGUGUAUCACUUCAUUACUGUUUAGCUAUGAACUGCAACUCCAACUCUGUAAUGAUAAAACACGGUUUGUGUUACAUGCAAAGCAGCCUUGGGAAGGCUAGGGUGUUGCCAGCUUACCCAAUGGCUGGCUGCCACUGUUUCCUAAGUCCUUGAAAAAUAGGGAAAAACAUGUAGCAAGUAUUGCUGGAAAAUCUUGUCUUAGAAGCACAAAAAAAUAAAGGAGAAUGAAUAAUUAAGUAAUAGUCUUGGAAAUAUUUCUAAUGUUCUUAAUGCUUCCUCUGGCCAGGUUCUUUGCUAUUACAUGCAAAGAGCAGGGGUUAAUUCAGCUCUUUGUAAGCUGAGGGAGGAACCUUCCAUGCUAGCCUCUUGCUAUAGCCUGCUGUGGAGAA